AUGAGCUUGGAAAAUGAAGAUCAGAAGUCUCCCUACGAGGCAUCUGAAACGAUUCCUGAAGUUGAAAAGAAGCUGAAAGUUUCAUACACAAGAGAGUUCCUCUUGUCCUUGUGCAAUUUGGAUGUUUGCAAGAAGCUACCAAGUGGGUUUGAUGAAUCAUGGCCGAGUGAAUUUGAUGAUGGCUUGCAAAGCAUACAUGAUCGACCAAGAAUGUCCGAGAACUUGUCAUCACAGGGUUUCAGACGCAACGAGUAUGGCUCAUCACCGAUUACUCGAGGAGAUUCUGAUAGUUACUCUCGAGGUAUAUACGGAAGACGGGGAAGCCAAUUAUCUGGGCAAAACGAUCAAGAUAGCGACUCAAAAUCCAGCAGGGACUCAGAUUCUGGAAGGCAUUUUGGCCAUCAGUCAAGGAGGCCUUGGCAGACUCCUAAGCAUGACGGGCUUCUCGGGAGUGGUUCAUUUCCAAGACCAUCUGGAUAUGCAGCUGGGAUCUCCGGUUCAAAAGCACAAGGAAAUGAGCACUAUCAACUUAAAAAGAGCAACGAACCUUAUCAGCCUCCACGACCUUAUAAGGCAGUACCUUAUUCACGGAGAGACACCGACUCUUACAACGAUGAAACAUUUGGUUCAACAGAGUCAACUAGUGAGGAUAGAGCGGAGGAGGAAAGGAGGAGAAGAGCCUCUUUUGAUUUGAUGAGGAAGGAACAAUUAAAGGUUUUUCAGGAGAAGCAAAAAUUAAACAUGGAGAAGCAUAAAGCUGAUGGUGUCUCAGACCUUGGUGAACUAUUGGAGGAUAGCAGAGAGAAACGGAGAGUUUUGGGCAGGAACAAUGAAUUAGACUCUUCCUCUGCCGCUUCUUUCUUAAAUGAUUCUGAAAAAUCUUCUUUUGCUUCACAAUCACCUGUGUCUAGGCCACUUGUUCCGCCAGGUUUUACCAACAAUAUUCUGGAUAAGAGUGUUGGCUUGAAAUCUUCAAUUCAUCCUCCUUUGACGGAGGUUGAAAAACCUAUAACAGGGGAAAGCCUCUUUCAUGCUGGAGCCCAAUCCAUCCAAAAUGGUACUCACUAUAGUUUAGAGAGGAAGUUAUCACUGGAGAAAAGUUUAUUUGAUGGACAGCCUGAGGAUGAGACUAAGGAUGCACUGGUUUUGAACAAGGUUGAAAACAUGAAUUUUCACUCAACUUCAAAUUCGUCAAGCUAUAUACCUGGCAUGGAAAAUCAGUUGCACCAGAAUUCUAGACAUCUAGAUGCUCAUGAAACCUUGGGUUGCCCUGAAAUCUUUGAACUUGAUGCCAAGGUAUUGGAAGACAAAAUUGUAGGUGAGUCAAAUAGAAGUUAUACAACACCAAAUUCAGAAAAGAAUGUUAGCAGCACAUUGUCAAUGAAUGGAGGUGGAUCUGAUACUGCUGAGUGUCAUGAUGGUAAACUUGAUGUUAAAUGGAGUUCUGUUGAGUCAUCAAAGUUUUCCCAAUGGUUUUACGAGGAAGAGGCAAAGCCAACGGAUGAUAUCAGAUUUGGAAGGCCCAAUGAUUUGCUAUCAUUAAUCGUCAGUGGUGACAAGGGAAGAUAUCAGGUUUCUGACUUGGAAACAGAGGAGAAACUUUCACGUGAUUUUUCCUACACAAGCUCUCAGCAUAGUAAUAAGUUAAGAUAUGAAGUACCUUCUGCAGCUAAUGGAAUCUCUGAGCAGUUGGGCAUUAGUAACAAGAAAGAGAUUUUUCCUGCAGUCCUUACAUGUGAAGACCUUGAACAAUCGAUUUUGUCGGAAUACAGUGCAAAGACUUCAAAUGUGCAGCCAUGGAUACAAGGCUGGGGUACUACUAGUGCGAAUACUGAGCGGCCAAGAGAUCAUGUUGAUAAUUAUGCGUCUGGACACCUGCUUUCAUUAUUGCAGAAGGGGACAGACCCGAGUAAUUCGACCCCAAACUCUAGUAUGGCUCUGGGUUUUGCUGGCAAACUACUAGUCUCCGAAGAACAUGAUAAGGGCAAUGCUGUAAAUGAACCUAAAGGCGAAGUAGGCACCAAAAAUAUAGAUAAUUUAGGAAAGACACUUACGAUGGAAGCUCUCUUUGGUUCUGCUUUCAUGAAGGAGCUGCAAUCAGUUGAUGCACCUGUUUCUGUCCAUAGGGGUGGACCAGUUGAGUCUACACGAACUGAUGCCCCUGAGCCUCAUGGAUUAUCCUUUCCAAACAUGGAUAAUGACAUUUUUUCUUUGGGAGUUGAUCAAACCAGAUUUGAAAGGACAGAUCAUGAUAGUAGUAUUUUGAUUUCAAACCAGAGAAAGCAAACCAAGCCAGGCAAGGUUGAGAACUGGCAAGGGUAUGAUGACUCCCAAAUUGAUUCAAAUCGUCAUACUGAAGUAGUCUCCAAACAUGGUGGCUUUGAUGGGGUAGUUGAAUUUCAGCUGCCUGAAGAGGAGAGCUUAAUUUCUGUAGAUAAUCAGAAUCAUCCGAUUUCGACAUUUAUUCCAAGUGUUAAUUCGGGUAAAAAUGAUUUCUUUUUCUCAAACGCCCCUCAAAAACUGGUGGCUACCAAUGCCAUCAUCAAAGACAAACAAAUUAUGCUUGGUUCAGAAAGUUUGCCCUUUACACAUGGUCCUCAUGAGCAAAUGGAGCAAAAUAUUCCCUAUCACAAUUCUACCCAGCAAUCAUUGUCCCAGUUUCAACCUCCACAAAUGACUCAUGCGAGGCCAUUAUUUCAUCCCAUGGAUUCUCAUCGUGCUCACACAACGUCCCAGAUGAAGUUCACGGAUCCCGAGAUCAUACUUAAUCAAGAAUCUCAGGCCAAUCACCAUUUUCUUGGAAAUAUGAUCCGCCCUCCUUUUCAUCACUCUAGUGCAGGGGUUGCUGGGUUUGAAGUCCCGGCUCACCACCCUUCGAUGCUACAUCAAAUGCAGAUGUCGGGCAAUAAUCCUCCUCACCUGUUACCGGACUUUACACGGGGCGGUCCAAUGUCUCAUCCUGGCGGUCAACCAACUGGUAUUCAGGAAAUGAAUCCAAUACGAGGUUUUCCUUUUGGACCUGGCCAACUCAACAUUGGCACUCUUGGGAUGCCGAUUCCACCUCCUGAUAUCAAUGGCAACCCCGAGUCAUUUCAAAGGCUAAUUGAAAUAGAACGUCAGGCGAGGUCGAAGCAGAUCCACCCUCUUGCUGCUGGCCGUAACGAAGGAAUUCACCGUAGGGAAUUAGACAUGGAUUUCCGACAGAGAUAG